AUGCCUAGCUGGCCCUGGGGGUUGUUGCUGGCCACAGGGACCCUGUUAGCCUGGCUGGGCCCGGGGCCUCCGGUUCACCCUGACCCCUGCCACAACGAGGCCGGUGCACCCCGCAGCUGCGUGCCUGAUCUGGUGAAUGCUGCGCUGGGUCGUGAGGUGCUGGCGUCCAGCACGUGUGGCCGGCCGGCCUCUCGGGCCUGUGAUGCCUCAGAUCCGCUGCGGGCACACCCUGCUGCCCUGCUGACCUCAGCAGGAGCCCCGCCUGGGCCCCUGUGCUGGCGCUCAGAGGCGUUAACACAGUCUCCCCUCAACGUGACCCUGACGGUGCCUCUGGGCAAGGCUUUCGAGCUGGUAUUCAUCAGCCUGCGCUUCUGCUCACCACCCCCUGCUGCCGUGGCCCUGCUCAAGUCACAGGACCACGGCCGCACCUGGGCCCCGCUGGGCUUCUUCUCCGACCGCUGUGGGCCCGACUUUGGCCGCCCGCCCACUUUGGCCAAUGGGCCCCAGGGCCCUGGGCCAGAAGCUCUGUGCUUCCCGGCUCCUCAAGCCCUGCCCGGCGGGGGCGGUCUACUGGCCUUCAGUUUGCAGGACAGCAGCCCGCUCGGCGUGGACCUGGACAGUAGCCCUGUACUUCAGGACUGGGUGACAGCUACUGACAUCCAGGUGGUGCUGGCCCGGCCCUCCUUACCAGGAUUGCCUGGGGACUUGGAAGCCAGCCCUUACUCUUACUCCGCUGCUGAGUUCCUGGUGGGCGGUCGCUGCAAAUGCAACGGGCACGCUGCCCGUUGCCACCCAGACCUGCAGGGCCACCUGCUGUGUGAUUGCCAGCAUGGUACAGAAGGCCCCGACUGUGGCCGUUGCAAGCCCUUCUUCUGUGACCGCCCGUGGCAGCGUGCUACAGCCCGGGAGGCCCACGCUUGCCUCGCGUGCUCCUGUAAUGGCCACGCCCGCCGCUGCCGCUUCAACAUGGAGCUGUUCCGCCUGUCAGGACGACGCAGUGGGGGUGUCUGCCUCAACUGCAGGCACAACACGGCAGGCCGUCACUGUCACUACUGCAGGGAGGGCUUCUACCGUGACCCAGGCCGGUCCCUGAGCGACCGACGUGCCUGCAGAGCUUGUGACUGUCACCCAGUGGGCGCUGCUGGCAAAACCUGCAACCAGACCACAGGCCAGUGCCCGUGCAAGGAUGGUGUGGCUGGCCUCACCUGCAACCGCUGUGCACCCGGCUACCGGCAGAGUCGCUCCCCAGUUGCACCAUGUGUCAAGAUUCCAGACUCCGGGCACACUGAAAGCAGCUCGCCAGAGUCCCAGGAUUGCGCCUCGCACUGCCAGCCGACACGAGGCAGCUACCGCAUCAGCCUGAGGAAAUUCUGCAGAAAGGACUACGCGGUGCAGGUGGCGGUGGUGGGCGCGGGCCGCGAGGAGCGUGGCGGGUGGACGCGCUUCUCGGUGUCGGUGCUCGCGGUGUUCCGGAGCGGCGAGGAGCGCGCGACGAGGCGCGGGAGCAGCGCGCUGUGGGUGCCGGCGCGGGAUGCGGCCUGCGGCUGCCCACGCCUGCAGCCGGGCCGCCGCUACCUUCUGCUGGGAGGCGGAGGCGGGCCAGGAGUGGCAGCAGGGACGCGGGGGCCGGGGCUCAGCGCCUCCCGCGGAAGCCUCGUGCUGCCGUGGCGGGACGCGUGGACCAGGCGCCUGCGGAGGCUUCAGAGGCGCGAGCGGCGGGGGCGCUGCGUGGCACAGGCCUAGGCUGUGGGCCCGGAGGCGGGGUCGGAGAUGGAGAUGUUCCUGCAAGCGCUGGUCGCCGGCUGCGCUCCAGACG